GAACAUUCACUCAGUGACUCAUUCAAUUUAGUCUAUCGCGUACCACCGGCUGUUGUAGUCGACUGCAAAGGGUCACUACGAAUCGCCGGCUUUUUAGUACCUCGGUUAAAUUGACUGAAUUGAACUAUCGUGUUCCUGACUAUAAUACAGAUAUUUCCCGUGAAAGUACAAUCUUUGCGUAGUGGUGGUACACACGAUCAUCACAGUUUCAUAUUUCAAUAGAAAUCACUUUGAGGUAUGGAGUGGGAAGGGCCGCCCAAGCAAGGCUUGUACGACCCCCAGAACGAGCACGAGGCAUGCGGUGUUGGCUUUGUGGUUGCUAUUGACGGCAAACGUUCUCAUAAAAUCGUCCGCGAUGCUGAAACUCUUGCAAAACGUAUGGAGCAUCGAGGCGCGUGCGCAUGCGACAACGAUACCGGAGACGGCGCUGGAGUUCUGACUGCCAUCCCGCAUCAAUACUAUUGCGCUCAGCUUAGGAGCAGUCAUCAAAUCGACUUGCCACCGUUUGGUCAUUAUGCCACUGGCAUUUUCUUCCUGGACAAAUUACAUCAUCAAGACAUUGAGAAGAAGUUCACCGAGCUCGCUGAGAGCCUUGGUUUGAGUGUGAUUUGUUGGAGGACGGUACCAACUAACAACAACACCAUUGGUCAAGUGGCUCGUAACUCGGAGCCAUAUAUGCGUCAAGUGUUUGUUACCGGAGAUAUCAGCGACGAAAACCAACUUGCACGCCAGAUAUUCGUGCUGCGUAAACGCGCGUCCCACGAGCUAGUGGUGCCAGGGGCUCGCUUCUACAUCUGCAGUUUGUCUCUGAAGACUAUUGUUUAUAAAGGACUUCUCACUUCAAACCAAUUAUGGGAAUACUUCAAGGAUCUGACAAACCCUGCCUUCACUACAUACCUAGCGUUAGUACAUACGCGCUUUUCUACCAACACCUUCCCAAGCUGGGAACGUGCGCAUCCUUUGAGAGUGCUUGCCCACAAUGGCGAAAUAAAUACAUUACGAGGUAACGUGAACCUGAUGAAAGCUCGCGAAGGUGUCAUGAAGAGCGAGUUAUUUGGUGAUGAUCUGAAGAAGCUAUACCCAGUUGUGGAACCGAAUCUAUCCGAUUCCGGCUCAGCAGAUUGUGUUCUCGAAUUCUUGCUACAUUGCGGAAAUAGGACGCUGCCGGAAGCGGUGAUGACGAUGGUACCUGAAGCUUGGCACAAUGAUCCUACUAUGCCAAAAGAAAAGAGAGACUAUUAUCAGUGGGCGUCGUGUGCUAUGGAACCCUGGGACGGACCUGCUCUAGUUUCAUUUACUGAUGGAAGAUAUAUCGGUGCCAUAUUAGAUAGAAAUGGUUUGAGACCAUCUCGUUUCUACGUAACAAAUGAAAAUAUACUUGUGAUGGCGUCCGAAGUUGGGGUUUAUGAUGUCGACCCAGAAAAAGUUAUAUUAAAGAGUCGUCUAAAGCCCGGACGAAUGUUACUAGUCGAUACGCAAGAGAAGAAGAUCAUCGAAGACGUGGAGCUUAAGUUAAAGAUCGCGCAAAGCCGCCCGCACUCGCAGUGGCUGCAGGAACAGAUAACGAUGGAGGACAUCCACAAGUCAAUCUCCCCUCAAGUGGACGUCCAAAGCAACGGAUACGAUCACAGUGCCAUCUCCGGGCUCGGCGACAAGCGGCUGGGCCUGUUCGGAUACACCAUUGAAUCCAUCAACAUGUUAUUGCUACCUAUGAUACAGAACAAGAAGGAGGCCCUGGGCAGCAUGGGCAACGACGCGCCGCUGGCGUGUCUGUCGCGCUUCCAGCCGCUCCCCUACGAAUACUUCAAGCAGCUGUUCGCGCAAGUGACCAACCCGCCUAUCGAUCCUUUUCGCGAGAAGAUCGUGAUGUCCCUGCUGUGCCCGAUCGGCCCCACCGCCAACAUCCUGCAGCCGAGCGCUGAUUUCGUACAUCGCAUAUUUCUACCCCAGCCCAUCCUCUCCCUACCUGAUCUCGAGGCUCUAAAGCGGACUUCUCAUCGAGGAUGGAAGACGCGGGUGCUGGACUGCACGUUCGCCAUCGGCGCCGGGCCGCACGGGCUGGAGCCGGCGCUGACGCACAUCGCGCACGCGGCGCUGGCGGCGGCGGCGGCGGGCUGCCAGCUGCUCGUGCUGUCCGACCGCGCCGCCGGGCCCGCGCGCGUGCCCGUCAGCUCGCUGCUGGCGCUCGGCGCCGUCCACCAUCAUUUGAUCGAAACGCGUCAACGCAUGAAAGUGGGAAUCAUAGUGGAAACUGCGGAAGCUCGAGAGGUACACCACAUGUGCGUUUUACUUGGCUACGGGGCUGACGCCAUCUGUCCCUACCUGGCUUUCGAGCUAGCUUUUUCUCUGCGCAACGACAACCUGAUCGACCAGAACCUAACCGACAAUGACAUAUACUUGGCAUACCAAAAAGCCAUCGAGACCGGCCUCGCCAAGGUAAUGGCCAAGAUGGGGAUCAGCAUGCUGCAAUCCUACAAGAGCGCACAGAUUUUCGAGGCAGUCGGACUCAGUGAAGAGGUCAUCGACAAGUGCUUUCGCGGCACGCAAUCGAGGAUCGGUGGCGUUAAUUUUGAGAUUAUGUCUCAGGAAACGUUUGACAGGCAUGCAUUGACUUACGGUGACUGUCGCGAUAUGCUGGUCUUGAGGAACCCGGGCAACUACCACUGGCGCGCGGGCGGCGAGAAGCACAUCAACGACCCGCUGUCCAUCGCCAACCUGCAGGAGGCCGCCGUCGGCAACAGCGCCUCCGCCUACGACCGCUUCAGGGAGAGCGCGCUGGAGUCGGUGCGCGCGUGCACGCUGCGCGGGCAGCUGGAGCUCGUGAAGCUGGACGAGCCGCUGCCGCUGGCCGAGGUCGAGCCCGCCGCGGAGAUCGUCAAGCGGUUUGCCACCGGUGCUAUGUCUUUCGGCUCAAUAUCUCUGGAGGCGCACACAACGCUCGCGGUCGCCAUGAAUCGUGUGGGAGGAAAAUCUAAUACCGGAGAGGGCGGAGAAAACGCUGAUCGGUAUCUCAAUCAGGAUCCUGAAUUCAACAAGCGUUCGGCCAUAAAGCAAGUGGCAUCCGGACGGUUCGGAGUGACCGCGUCCUAUUUAGCGCACGCUGAUGACUUACAAAUCAAGAUGGCGCAGGGAGCCAAACCCGGGGAGGGCGGAGAAUUACCCGGCUACAAGGUGACGGAGGAAAUAGCGAAGACGCGGUGCUCCGUGGCGGGCGUGGGGCUGAUCUCCCCGCCGCCGCACCACGACAUCUACUCCAUCGAGGACCUGGCCGAGCUCAUCUACGACCUGAAGUGCGCCAACCCGCGCGCGCGCAUCUCCGUCAAGCUCGUCUCCGAGGUCGGCGUGGGCGUCGUCGCCUCGGGCGUCGCCAAGGGCAAGGCGGAGCACAUCGUGAUCUCGGGGCACGACGGCGGCACGGGCGCCAGCUCGUGGACCGGCAUCAAGAGCGCGGGGCUGCCGUGGGAGCUGGGCGUGGCCGAGACGCACCAGGUGCUCGUGCUCAACGACCUGCGGUCACGAGUCGUGGUUCAAGCGGAUGGACAGAUUCGAACUGGUUUCGAUGUGAUGGUGGCGGCGCUGCUCGGUGCGGACGAGUUCGGCUUUAGUACUGCGCCCCUCAUUGCAUUAGGUUGUACAAUGAUGAGAAAAUGUCACCUGAACACGUGUCCUGUGGGCAUUGCGACGCAAGAUCCCGUUCUUCGCAAGAAAUUCGCCGGCAAGCCGGAACACGUCAUCAACUAUCUGUUCAUGUUAGCGGAAGAGGUGCGCGUGCACAUGUCGGAGGUGGGCGUGCGGCGCUUCGGGGAGCUGGUGGGCCGCACCGACCUGCUCAAAGUGCGCGAGCGCAACGACAACCCCAAGGCGCGCCUGCUCAACCUCGGGCUCAUACUCAAAAACGCGCUGCACAUGCGGCCCGGCGUCAACAUCGUCGGGGGCUCCAAGCCGCAGGACUUCCAAUUAGAGAAACGUCUAGAUAACCAGAUAAUCCAGCAGUGCAGCGGUAUACUGGAUGGCACUCAGCAGAAAAUUGACAUUGCCAUGAAAAUCACGAACGAAGACCGCGCCUUCACAUCCACGCUUUCUUACCACAUUGCCAUGAAAUUUGGCGAGGGUGGCUUGCCUGACGGUACAUCAAUAAAUAUUUCACUGACUGGUUCUGCGGGUCAGAGCUUUUGCGCUUUCCUCUCAAAGGGAAUCACAGUUACACUCGAAGGCGACGCCAAUGAUUAUGUCGGAAAGGGUCUCUCCGGGGGCAAGGUCAUAAUUUAUCCACCUAAGAAUUCACCAUUUGAGUCACAUUUAAAUGUGAUCGUGGGCAAUGUAUGUCUCUACGGGGCUACCUCUGGAAGAGCUUACUUCAGGGGCAUCGCGUCGGAGCGGUUCUGCGUGCGCAACUCGGGCUGCGUGGCGGUGGCGGAGGGCGCGGGCGACCACGCGUGCGAGUACAUGACGGCCGGCGUCGUGCUCGUGCUCGGCCUCGUCGGCAGGAACUUCGCCGCCGGCAUGAGCGGUGGUGUCGCUUACGUGUACGAUAUCGACGGCUCAUUCAAGAGUAAGUGCAACCCUGAAAUGGUAGAGCUGUUGCCGUUAGAGAAAAAGGAGGAUUUGGACGAAGUGCAAAAACUGUUGGAAGAAUUUGUAGAAUAUACUGGCUCGAUAAUUGCGAAGAAUCUUCUCGAAACCUGGCCAGAACCAGCCAAAAUGUUCGUCAAGGUAUUCCCUUACGAGUACCAGCGAGCUCUGAAACAGAUAGCUCUUAAGCAAGCCACGCCGAAACUCGAGAGUAAUGGCAAGCCCGAUGAGAAUGGCGUCGUAGACAUCGAGGAAGCAGUUCGGAAUGUAGAGUUGGAUAAGAAAAACCUCGAAAAGAUUUUGGAUAAGACCAGGGGCUUCAUCAAGUACCCGCGCGAGACGUCGCUGUACCGGCCGGCGGAGAAGCGGCUGAACGACUGGGACGAGAUCUACAACCUGUCGGGCGUGCGGCGCGGGCUGCGCGUGCAGGCGGCGCGCUGCAUGGAGUGCGGGGUGCCCUUCUGCCAGGGCGCGCACGGCUGCCCGCUCGGCAACAUCAUCCCCAAGUGGAACGACCUGGUGUACCGCGCCGACUGGCGGCAGGCGCUCGCCAUGCUGCUGCAGACCAACAACUUCCCCGAGUUCACGGGGCGCGUGUGCCCGGCGCCGUGCGAGGGCGCGUGCGUGCUCGGCAUCUCCGAGCCGCCCGUCACCAUCAAGAACAUCGAGUGCGCUAUCAUCGACCACGCCUUCGAGAGUGGCUGGAUCAGCCCCGAGAUUCCAGAGCAUCGCAAUGGAAAAACUGUCGCUAUCGUCGGUUCGGGCCCGGCCGGGUUGGCUUGCGCUCAUCAAUUAAACAAGGCUGGAUACGCGGUGACAGUAUUCGAACGUAACGAUCGUCCCGGUGGUUUGCUGCAAUAUGGAAUUCCGAGUAUGAAGCUGAGCAAGGAAGUCGUGGGUCGAAGGAUCAAGCUGAUGACUGCUGAGGGCAUUUCGUUCAAAUGUAACAUCGAUGUUGGAAAAGAUAUUUCUGCAGCCGAGCUGGCUAACGAAUACGACGCUCUAGUCCUCUGCAUGGGUGCAACGUGGCCGCGCGACCUGCCGCUGAAGGGUCGGCAGCUGGGCGGCAUCCACUUCGCCAUGGAGUUCCUCGAGGGCUGGCAGAAGCGCCAGGCCGGCCCCGCGCCCGGACACGCCGCCAAGGACGCGCCCGUGCUGUCCGCCAAGGACAAGGACGUGCUCAUCAUCGGCGGCGGCGACACCGGGUGUGACUGUAUAGCGACAGCGCUUCGGCAAGGUGCCAAGUCCAUCACGACAUUCGAGAUCCUCCCCGAGCCUAAGAAAACCAGAGGACAAGACAAUCCGUGGCCACAGUGGCCCAGAGUGUUCAGGGUCGACUACGGUCACGAAGAAGUGAAGGUCAAGUUCGGCAAUGACCCAAGGAAAUUCUCCACGCUGACUAAGGAAUUCCUCGAUGACGGCGCGGGCAACGUGUGCGGCGUGUCGGCGGCGCAGGUGGAGUGGGCGCGCGGCGCGGGCGGGCGCUGGGACAUGCGCGAGCUGCCCGCCGAGCGCCGCGUGUUCGCCGCCGACCUCGUGCUGCUCGCCAUGGGCUUCCUCGGCCCGGAGCGCUACGUCGCCUCGCAGCUCGAUCUCCCACUUGACGCGCGAAGCAACUUCGAAACAUCGAAGGACAACAUCUACAAGACUCCCAUGAGCAACGUAUUUGCUGCAGGAGAUUGUCGUCGUGGUCAGUCUUUAGUCGUAUGGGCCAUAUCAGAAGGCCGACAGGCUGCCAGAGCCGUGGAUAUAUAUCUGUCAGGCAAGUCCUACCUUCCAGGUCCCGGCGGAGUUAUUUCCAACAAUUAAAUAAUCAUCAGCCGACCAGGGAUUUGACAUAUACAUAUAUGUAUAAAUAUAAGUUCAAAAUCCUUUUUAAACUAAAUUAAAAUAGUUUAAAAUUUAAAUCAAUGUUAUUAUGUUAACGAUAUAACUUUAUUUGUUUGAUUUAAAAUUUAUAUUCAUCCACAUACAAUAAUAACAUUGCCUAUAAAGAUAUUUUGAAAUAAUCUUUUAUAAUAUGUACAAUUUCAUUUGAAAUACUAUAUUUAUAAUAGAAGUAAUAUUAGUACAGUAAUAGUUCUAAUCUUGUUCAAGUCCUUGUCAAGAGUAGCAAUAAUUAGAAAAAAAAUAUCUAAAUAUCAGUUUUAAAUAUUUGUUUACAUUCUAAUAAUAACAUUAUAUGUGAACUAGGUUUUCAAAAAUAUUUUUAUUUAAUAAAUGAACUUUUUAUGUCGUCGAUCUAAUCAAAAAAUUGUAUUUCUAUUCUGGUACCUAUAUAAGCUUAUCAGGAUAGGUUAACCUUUAUUUUCAUUUUAAAUACACCUAAUUUUAUUGUAAUGAAAUAUUUUCAGUUAUUUGUUACCAGUUACAAAAAUAUUUAGUUUGAAAUAUCUUGUUAAAUUUACCGAAAUUGAAAAAAAUUUUAUGAUUAGUACGACGACUUUUAUUCUAUCCUCGAUAUUAAGUGAAACAUGCUACAAAUAUAAAACCUCAAUAUUAUUAAGAUGAACGUUUACAAAUUUUCUCAUACAUAUUUCAAAUAUAAAACUGUUAAAAAUGUUAAUAAUUUCAAAAUUAAAAAAAGUUACGUCAGUGUUGUUAUAUACGUAUAAAUAUUAUUCACCACCAUAUAUUAGUAACUAAUUAUGGAAUUUUCUUACCGAUUAAUUUUAUUCAUAAAUAUAUUAUUAAAAUAUAAUUAAUAGUAGAAUUUAUUUGAUUAUUAUUCUUAUAUUUAUAAUAAAAACAUUCCGUUUUAGGACAUUUUGAUUUUAGAUAAGAUAUCAUAUAUCCGAAAUGUCUUUGAAGGAAUGAUUGAAAUGUUAUCAAUUAAACAAAUUAUAUUAACAGUAAUUCAUAAAAUAUACUUUCAUAUAAAAAUGAGUGAUUGUAACUUGGUAUAAUUAUUUUCUGCUUUAUGAAUUGUGUUACAAUUAUAAAAUCAACCCUUUUUAAUUUGUUACGCUUGAGUCGUCGUUGUGGAUCUUGAGAGUGCGUGGCGUCAUGUCACUACCAAAUAUACCUGUUUUUGCACAUACACACAUCCAGUUUCAGAAACGCUGAUAAAAAUUAGAUUAACAAAUUUUUGCUUUAAUCGGAAUGGUCAUUGGUCGAACGAAGUCGACAAAGACGGACGUCCAAUGAACGUUCGGUAUUUCGUCAGAAUCAAUGUUUUCAAUUAUUUAUGUUAUAAAGUAAGCUAAUUUAUUUAGAAUAUGUGUCAAAACGAAACAUGGGUUAAGAUGCCAAGGACAUAAAUUAAAUUAAUUUUUAACAGUUGAUCAGAACAAUAACAAUGUCCAAACUGUACAAUUAUUCUUUAUAUAGACUUUAUUGAAAAGAAUAAACUUUGUAACUUUUUUAUGUUAUGAACAAAUUAAAAUAUAAUGAAUCGAAGUUGAAUUAAUUAUUAUGUAACUGUGAUUUAUAUUUUGUUUUUUUUUUUAAGCUGAUUUGUAACUUGUAACGUGUAUCGUUACACUUGAAAAGUUCCUACGUGAUCUAUUUAUUUAAACCUUCAAGUGUUAUUUAAAAUAAGAAUCUUAGUACUAUUGACUUUUUUAAUAAUAAAAUAAUCAUUAACAUAUUUUUUCGAGUUUAAUAGCAAGGUUAUAUACGGUUUGUCGUAUCGAAUUCUAUUUUUGAUUUUAUUGUAUUGAAAUUGGCACUUGAAGAGUUCUUGUAACCUAUUAAUGAAUAAUUACUAAGUUAAUUUAUAAUUUUAUAAAUAAACGUACAAUGAAUCCUAAGUUUGCUUUUAGUUUAGUAUUAAAAUUAUUCAUAUUAUUUUAUCAAAAGGUAUAGUAAAAAUAUUUUAUGUCAAAACGAUAAUUAAUACUAUAUCUACAUAUAUAUUAUCAUCAUAGAAAAAUAUAUUAGAUAUAAUAUGUUUUCCUCAAACUAAUUUAUAAAGCUAUCUCAGUUUUACGGUGCAUAUAAAACCUAAAAUAAGUGCAAAUUAUUAGAUUGAAUAUUACAGCAGAACUUAAUAUAAAUUAUUUGCUUAUUUUUAUAGAAUAUUUUCAUGUUCAAAUUUCAACAUACAUUAACAGUAUUCAAAUAUAUGUGCUUUUAUAAAUCAAUCUUUAAUUUAUUAAAACUAACAUCAAUUGUUUCUAAAAUAUUGUAUUUCGUUACAUUGUUAUUUUAUUAAUAAUAAAAUUUAAUAAUUUAUUUUAUUUUUUUUCUUUUACCUAUUUUUAAUCAUAGCUAAUAUAUUACAUAAUGCAUUGAAAUGUUUAAAAAUAUUGAAGCUACGCAGCGCAAUGCGACGAAAAGUGAAACCUUUUUGAGUCAGAAAUGUUUUACCAAAACGUUACAUAGAAACGUUUCAUUUCAAUUUAAUCUUGCAAUUCCACUUGCAUCGUCCAAAAAAGUUUCACUUUCAAAAGUUAGAUGUAUGAGAUUUGUUUAUGUAUGUAGUUCAAAUUCGUUGAAUAUUAUAAUAUCAAUGACAAUAAUAAGUGUCUGUUGUAGGUAAAUACUGUACUGUGUUGUAAUGAAAGAAUAGAGAUUAUUGCAGCAAAA